UUGUAGUAGGCUAUACACAACACAUUCAUUUCGAAAGCAAAAACUAUUGAGUAAACAUUUCCCAGUUGAAUCUACAGCAUCCAGCAUUCAGCAUUCAUCCAAGCAAAUGGAUAACAUACGUAAAAUAGCAAAUCAACUCUUCACUCCGGGAGAAAUUCGCCGCUUUCAGGCCAUGAGCGAGAAGUAUUUUAAUAUGCAAAAUCUGAAGAUGACCAUGAAAAAGAGACCCGAUUGGAGAAAAUUGUGGAACGCUCGUUACUUUUCCACAAUCAAAGAUAAAUGCUUUAAAGAUAGGGAGUCUGAGAGUAGUACUCCUCCUACUCCACCUCCGUAUGAGCCACAUGAUUCGCAUCAUUGGUAUCCAGAUCCUGAAUUCUAUAAGGAUUUUGACAAAGUGGUUAUGUUUCCCACUGGCGAUCAAUGGAAACAGCGGCCCAAUACGAAGGGCAAAAAGGCUCCGCUUGUGGACCGGACCUUCCGGAGUAAAUUUAUAAACUUUGGACCAGCCCAUCCGGCAGCUCAUGGUGUGCUGCGCAUGAUCCUAGAGCUGGACAACGAGACAAUUUUAUCGGCCGAUCCGCACAUUGGCCUACUGCAUCGUGGCACCGAGAAGUUAAUCGAACAUAAAACCUAUUUACAGGCCUUGCCCUAUUUCGAUCGCCUGGACUAUGUGUCCUGCAUGGCCAAUGAGCAGGCCUACUCGUUGGCUGUGGAGAAGCUAUUGAAUAUAGAAGUGCCGCGACGUGCCAAAUAUAUACGUACUUUAUUUGCGGAGCUAAUGCGCCUGACCAACCACACAAUGGCCGUCUCUUCGGCCAUUCUGGACUGUGGUGCCAUUACGCCACUUUUCUGGCUCUUUGAGGAACGCGAGAAGAUGUACGAGUUCUCGGAACGAGCUUCAGGAGCUCGAAUGCAUGCUUGCUAUAUACGACCGGGCGGAGUUGCCUCCGAUAUCCCAUUGGGUUUCUCUGAGGAUCUGUAUGCGUUUAUCACCCAGUUCAAGGAUCGCCUUGAUGAGGUUGAGGAUGUGAUUACGGAUAAUCGCAUUUGGCGUAUGCGAAACAUUGGCAUUGGUCAGAUAACGGCCUACGAGGCCCUCAAUUAUGGAUGCAGCGGUCCAGUACUGCGAGGUACUGGCAUUAAAUGGGAUCUGCGUAAGCAACAGCCCUACGAUGCGUAUCCGGAGUUGGAAUUCGAUGUUGCUGUGGGUCGUAAUGGCGAUUGCUAUGAUCGCUAUUUGGUUCGCAUGUAUGAGAUGCGAGAAUCGCUUCGCAUUAUCCAGCAAUGUCUUGAGAAGAUGCCUCUAGGAGAGAUCAAGGUGGAUGAUCGAAAGAUAACACCACCGCAAAGACGCAAUAUGAAAUUGGGCAUGGAGGAUCUGAUACAUCAUUUCAAGUAUUUCUCGCAGGGCUUCGCUGUGCCACCAGGACAGACAUACACAGCCGUGGAGAGUCCAAAGGGAGAAUUCGGGGUCUAUCUAGUCUCCGAUGGGACUUCUCGUCCUUAUCGCUGCAAAAUACGUCCAGCUUCUUAUGCUCAUUUGGCCAUGAUGCGUAAAAUUGCCCCCACGCACAUGCUGGCCGAUGUUUGUGCUAUUAUUGGAUCACUGGAUAUUGUAUUUGGGGAAAUCGAUCGCUAAUUACACAAAUUGAAGCAAUAAAAGAGAAAACGGGGUGGAGUGAAGUAAUCCCCCCUUUCUGUGUGUGAA